AUGAAAAUGACAGGCAGACUGCUGGCUCUAGUGUUUCCGGUACUAGCCGCAGGUUUCGUGGACUACGGCCAUGUUCUUCCAGUCAGCUACAGCCUCGAUACAAAGCCUCUACUCGCUCAUAACACCAAGUACACUGGACAAUCAAUCGUACUCUCUAGCGACAGACCAGUCCUAACAAUCGACUAUGGCGUCGAAGUGGUCGGCUUUCCCUUUUUCGACAUCGAGACACUAUCUGCACCAACGCAGGUAGAAGUCAAAUAUGCAGAAGACUUCACAGCAUUCAACAAUCCCUACAGCGAUGGACCAUGGACCUUUUCCAACGGACUUUCCAGUUCCUUCCGCACAGAAACAUUCGAACUCUCCAAGUCUGGACGCCAACAAGCUUAUUUCCUACAAGGCGGCCAACGAUGGCAAACCAUACGACUCCUCACAAACACGACUGUCACUUUCAGAUCUCUAGGGCUGAAUUCAACUUCUGAGAACAAGCCUUCCUCAGCAUUUGUUGGCCAGUUGCACACAUCGAAUGAGCUCUACGACAAGAUCUGGGACCUCGGACCAAGAGUCUUACAAGCCGCUUGCAUUGAUGCUGGUAAUGCACCUUCGACUGGGGACAUCACAUCAGAUGGUGCCCUUAUUCGUGGUCAACAGACCGCGCAGUCGAACAAUGGAAGCACUUUCGCGAAUUACACGUUGUCCUUCAAGACCAAGAUUGUUCGUGGCGGCACAGGUUGGCGGGUGGGAAGCACGAUCGGCACACCUCGAGGGCAUGUCUUGUACCUGACUUCCAAUUAUCCGGAGGAGACGACCUUUGUCAACACAAACCGCAGCUUGGUGCCAGCCAACACUCUGGUCUACAACUACGGAUUCUCCAUCGUCAAUCAAUCAACGCUAACCACAGGCUGGAAUCAAUGGUUUCCCAUCAAUCGCACAAUCGCAGAAAACGUCUGGUACACCAUCACCACAACUCUCAGCCACACUUCACUCGACAUCUUCCUCGACGGAAAGCUCAUCGCCUCAAUUCCCCAAGACGAAGCCAACUACCUCUCCAGCCGAGGCCCCUCCUACCUCGGAGCUCUCAACCCAACAAGCGGAACCUUCGGUCUCGGCCCCUGGGCGGAUCAAAUCGCCUACUACAAAGACAUCCUCAUCACGUCCCAGAACGGCACGACACUCUACAGCAAUGAACUGACAUCUGACUCCACGCUCUCCGAGUUCAACAUCGCCCCCCUAACACAAAGCGUCUGCCUCGACGGCGCAAAACGCGACCGCCUAGUCUGGGCCGGAGACUUCUAUCACACAGCCAAAAUCCUCUCCUCAUCAACCGCACGCUGGGAUUACAUUCUCGGCACAAUAAAUUUCGUCCUCGAUCGUCAACGGAAACCAAAUACAAAGUUCGCAGGUCUCGUACCUAUGAGUGCAACACUAGGAACCAGUUCUGCAGAACAAUAUACCAAUGUAUUCGGUGAAACGGGUUAUGGCGGAUUACUCGAUUAUCAAGAUCUAUUCCUCGCUUCUGUGGGGUAUUAUUUUCUCGCGACGGGGGAUGUACAAAAUCUGAGGCCGAGAUGGGAACAAAUCAAACGCGUUUUCGAAGCGAGGAAGGAAUUUAUUGAUCCGUAUUCAGGACUUAUUGCUGAUGGAGAGAAUGGAAUUCCUGGGAGUUAUUUCUUGGGGCCUGUGAAUGGGAGUGCGCCGACGGGGUUGGCGGCUUAUGCUUACAAAGAGCUUAUCCCGCUUGCGGAGGCGUUGGACGAUGCAGAGGCUGCGCGAGAUUUGAAUGAGACGAGUCAGGGACUGAUUGAGAAUUUGAAUUCUCAGCUGUGGAAUGAUUCUACGGGUGUCUAUGACCUUUCUGUGGACGAUCGCGGGAAUUUCUCGUUUACUGGGAUUGCUUGGGCUAUUCUAUCCGGCGCAGCGAAUUCGACGCAAGCCGCGGCUAGUAUUGCGAGGUUGCCGGAACUUCGUUUGGGGGUUGGGUAUAAAACCUCAACUGCGGACGAGUCUAGCAAUAAGACCCAGCUUUCGGCCAAUACAGGCGGUUUCCUCCUCGAAGCUCUGUUCAAAGCUGAGCGCGAUCUUGGAGUCAAGAAUUUGACUGUGGCGAAGUCGCUGCUCGAUGAUUUCUGGAGCCAGAUGGUUACUCAGGAAGAGUAUUACUCCGGAGCAAGCUGGGAGUAUGAGUAUCCUGAUGGCAAGCCUGGCAUCGAUCUCUUCACCUCUUUGGCUCAUCCUUGGGGCGCAGCACCAACAUACGUGCUGCCGCAGUACGUGGUAGGAGUGACUGCGCUUGAGCCUGGGUUCAAGACUUGGUCUUUCGAGCCCAUGAUUGGAGCAUUGGGUCUGAUGAACGCCAAUGCCACGACUUGGACGCCUGUUGGACCCAUUGAGGCAAGUUGGGAACUUGUUGGCAAAGAGGCAAUCGUGAGAGCCCGUGCGCCGAAGGGCAUAACCGGUGUGUUGGUUCUACCAGACGGCGCUGGCAAGAAGCGUAUUCGUAUCGCAGGAGGCAGACGGUUCCAGAUCAAGUGCAAAAAUUGGUCGUAG